AUCAUUCUCAACUGCCAGUCCACCAAAACUUGCCAGUGGAGUUCAAAAGAUUAUCACAUUAGUCUUCUCCAUCGUUCCAAGAAGAACACUGAACAGAGUAGUAGCCAAGAGAAAAAAAAAAUGGCAGAAAGCAGUAUUGUGUUUUUCCUAAUGAAGUUGGGCAAAUUGGUAGCGCAAGAAGCUAAACUUUUUAGAGAAGUUGAAGGGCAGAUAAGCGUGUUGAGUAACGAGCUUGAAUGGAUUCGUCUCUUCCUUGAAGAAGCAGGUGGCAAACGCACUUACAACAAAAGACUCAAGCUUUGGAUGAAUCAGAUUAGAGACGCAGCCUAUGAUGCAGAAGACAUAAUCGACGACUUCAUGUUCGAGCUGGAACGCCCGCGCCAGCACAGACUCAAUCAUCUCAAGUUCCUCAGGUGCUUACCCACAAGCGUUAGCUUUGCUGACAAGUUAACAUUGGUCCACGAGCUCCAUGGCCGUAUCAAAGAGAUCAAUGUCAAAAUUGAGAAGACCUUAGCUAAUAAAUCGAGGUGCGGUAUCAAAAAUCCAAGCAGUACUACUUCUGAAGCUUGGAAAUGGAAAUCUUCCAGUGAAGUCGUGCUGCAGGAAGAGAAGAAGAGGAGCCCAAUUGUUGAAGAAAUCAACCCAGUGGGAAUGGAAGAUAGCGUGGAAGAAGUGAAGCAAAUGAUCGUUGAGGAAGAGUCAUCGGGAACAACAACAACAAGAAGAGUGGUGUCCAUUGUGGGGAUGGGCGGUCUUGGAAAAACAACUCUUGCUCAAAGAGUUUAUAAUCACAGUGAUGUUAAGAACCACUUUGAUUAUGUUACUUGGGUUUAUGUGUCUCAAGAUUGCAGAAUCAAAGAGCUUUUGGUCGAGAUCGCCAAUGAUUGCAAGCCUGAUCGUGAUGAAGAAAGAAAAAUAUCAAAGAAACCGCCGAGAGAAGUUAUUAAAGAAUUUCUCGAGGAAAAGAAGUACUUGGUAGUACUGGACGAUAUAUGGAGCAUCAAAGUUCGGGAUGAGUUGAUCUCAUGUUUUCCAGAAUCAAGAAAUGGCAAAGUGCUUAUCACUACUCGCAAUCAGGAGAUCGCUUCACAUGCCAAUUCACAGCUCUACAAACUUCGUCUACUAAAUAAAACAGAAAGUUGGGACCUUUUCCUCAAAAAAAUUGUAGUCCCUGCAGAAUUGGAAGAUUUGGGAAAGAAGAUGACAGCAAAAUGUCAUGGGCUGCCUCUUGCCAUUGUGGCGUUGGGAAGCCUUCUAUCAAGAAAAGACAAGACAACUUCAUCAUGGAGGAAAGUACUUGAAAGCUUGGAGUGGCAUCUAAAUCAAGGCCCGGAGUCAUGUUUUGGAAUUCUUGCUUUAAGUUACAAUGACUUGCCUUAUUACUUGAAGUCUUGUUUUCUGUAUUGCGGUCUUUUUCUCGAAGAUUCAGAGAUCAAGGUCAGUAAAUUGUUCCAAAUGUGGAUUGCAGAGGGCUUCGUGCAAAGACGGGGUGAAGAAAAGGUAGAAAAAGUUGCUGAAGAUUACUUGGAAGAACUGAUCAACAGAAGCAUGAUUCGAGUGGUGAAACGGAAGUCAAACGGAGGAAUAAAGUCUUGUCACAUUCAUGGUCUUCUUCGAGAUCUUGCCAUUUCUGAAGCCAAAGAUUCAAAAUUUUUUGAGGUAUACGAAAACACCGAUUAUACAUCCCCCAUCAGUGUUCGCCGACUUACAAUUCCUCACAAGAAAGAAAUUGUGCACCAUAUUAAUAGUUCCCGCCUUCGAUCUUUGAUUGGUUUCGUUGGUGAAGACAGUUUAACAUCUUGUCUGGCACCCAAAUUGCUCACAGUGUUAGACGUAGAACUGUCUACGAAACUAAAGAUCACACUCCCAAAGGAAAUAGGUGAACUUAUCCGUUUGAAGUACAUGCGUUUACGGGGUGGUCAUGGAUUAAGGCUUCCAGAGUCCAUAGGUAGACUUGUUAAUCUACAGACAUUGGACUGUCGAUUCGGUAAGAUUCCCUGGAGCGUUUGGAGACUGCACCAAUUGAGACAUUUAUAUGGUUAUUAUAGUACCGUUUUAAGCCGGCCAAUGAUGAGUAGAUGCCUUACAUUUAAUGGUGAUUUGAGUAUUCAUCUGCUUACCAACCUUCAAACAUUGAAGUUGGCUCCGGGUCCUUGGUUGGAGGAUGGUUUGGGAAAGCUACCCCAGCUUAAGAAACUAAGAAUAACUGACGGACGCUUCAAGAAUUCCAGUGAAUUAUAUCCUGAAAACCUCAUGAAACUAACCUUGCAGAAUUGUGAUCUAGAGGAGGACCCAAUGCUGACACUAAAGAAGCUGCCAAACUUGAGAAUUCUUAAGCUAAUGGGUAAUUCCUGUGGAAGCAAAAUGGUCUGCUCUUCUGGAGGGUUCCUUCAACUCGAAGUCUUGGGGUUGCAUUGGUUGAAGAAACUGGAGGAAUUGAAAGUGGAGGAAGGUGCAUUGCCUAACUUAAGGGCUUUGCAAAUUAGAGGUAAAAUAAUGAUAAAGGUUCCUCAAGGAUUAUUGCAGUUGGAAAAUCUUCGGGAACUAAAGCUGAAGCGUGUAAGCUCUCAAUUAAUCGAAGAGGUGCAUGAGGGUAAGGGAGAAGAUUGGGAUAAACUCAGGCGCAUUACCUACAUUGAAAAGUAAGCUUGGUUUUAAUUGCUAUAAGAAAGAUCAACUUUGUGUAGGUAGGUCUGUUUUCUCUUCUGAAAAUCCUCUGCUAUUGUAAAAUCAUUAUGAGUUGAUUGUGUAUCUUAAAAAAAUGUGAGGUUUUUUCUUUUUUUAA